CGGCACUUGGAACAAUCAACGCAUUUUAUCACCACUUCUGCAGACCCCUACCAGUUGGUCCAGGAGUGCCGCCUACGGCGCGAAUACCGCUGUGGUGUCGUAUUGUUGCAGCCCUUCUGAGCUGUACUGAUUUGCAGCCACCGAGCUGUAGCAACUUGACUCCGGCGAUCACCAGUUUGUUUGGAUCAAUUCAUCAAAUCCUCUUUCUUGAGACGGCAUCCCUAAUUAACUGAACAACAAUGGAACCGGCUUCAGAUUCCUCAACGCCGGAAGUCGUUCUCGACGGCGACUUCUUGGCCCAGCUAAACAGUGCCGAUUCAAGAGCUCUGCUUGACACUAUUGACAGUCUCAGGGAGAUCCAUGUUGGUGAUCUCGUCGACCUGCCCCAAAUCAUUGUCGUCGGCGACCAGUCGUCGGGCAAGAGCUCCGUUCUCGAGGCCAUUUCCCGCGUUCGAUUUCCCGUCGACGGCGACUUGUGCACCCGCUUCGCCACCGAGCUUAUUCUCCGGCGUGCGAACGAGGUAGCUGUCAACGUUAGCAUCCAAUUCGCAGACCAUGCAGCAUCCACGGCGCACGGCGGUAGUGCACGCCAAACAUUUCAGAGGUCCACCUUCGACGAAGAUACACUUCCGGACAUCAUCAGGGAUGCGAAGGAGCUGAUGGGCAUUCGCGAGGAUGGGGCCAAGAAGUUCUCCAGGGAUAUCCUGCGCGUCGAGAUUGCCAAACCCGACGUAUAUCCCCUCACCCUCGUCGACCUCCCCGGAAUCUUCCACAGCGAGACGACGGACCAGGACUUGGAAGGCAAGCAGAUUGUCGACCAACUCAUUGAGAGCUACAUGAGCCAAGAUAAGAGCAUCAUUCUAGCCGUCGUGGCCACAAACAAUCAGCUGGCGAACCAGAAGGUUCUGCAAGAAGCCAAGAAGUACGACCCGGAGAGGAAGCGGACAAUCGGAGUCAUCACCAAGCCAGAUCUGGCCGGUUCCGGAUCGGCCAACGAGCGAAAGUACCUUGACCUUGCCAAGGGGCGCGAAAACAUGCACAACCUUGCCCUCGGAUGGUAUGUGCUACGAAAUAGUUCCGAACAGGAGCGAGCCUCAGGAGCUGAGGAUCGAGACGCGGUCGAGGAGCGAUUUUUUGCAACUGGGCCCUGGAGCUCCAUCAGCCCUGCGAACAGAGGCGUCGAAAGCUUGCGGAAGAGACUCAGCAAGGUUCUUCUUGACCACAUCAGGGCGAGCCUGCCCGGCCUCAUUCGAGACAUCAGGACCAAUUUGAGAACACGUCAGGAAGAGUUGGACCGGCUCGGCAAGGCAAGAUCUAGCACCGAGGAGCAGCGGUCAUAUCUUCUCAGCGUUGCCCACGAGUACCAGCGGUUAGCGCAUGAUGCAAUCGAGGGACGAUACAGCAACAAUCGCAAAUUCUUCGGGGGCAUUGGUCAGAGCGAGACAAAGCUGCGCGCAGUGAUACGAAACAGUAACCGCGCUUUCCAUGCGAUCAUGACAACUAAAGGCGGACGGUACAAGAUUCGGUGGGAGGACAAAAUUGAUGCCAAUGACGAUUCGGAUGAGUCUCCCGAGUACCUACGGGAUCUCAUCGAGGAAUAUGGCAUACCAGAUCCCGAGACGAAAGACGAGUCGACACUCAAAGCAGAGCUGCAGUCUCUGGCAUGCUUCAACCAUGGCAGGGAAUUUCCCGGAGAAGCCAAUGUGGAUCUCGCCCUACAACUUUUCAGAGAUCAAGCGGAGCCUUGGCAAGACAUUGCCUGGAAGUACCUCAAGCAUGUUUUGAGAGUCACUCAAGAGUUUGUGGACCGGGCCUUUGUUCACGUCAUCGGGGCAGAUGAGAAGACACAAGAAACAAUCAUCAACCGUUACGUGAACCCAUUCUUUGAGAGGAAGGAGGAGGAGCUCAGUGGCAAACUGCGCGAACUUCUAAUUCCCUACACCAAUGGCUAUGGGCCUCCGCUCGAGGCGGAAUUCUUGUCAAAAAUGCGUAAGAGGACGGAUGACCGGCUCACCAUUCGCAUCACGCGGCGGCUUUCGGAGUACCAUGAGUACAAUCAGAGUGGGCGUCUAAGUGAAGACAGAAUUCUCCAGACGUUUCGCGACUUGAAAGAUCCUGAAGUGGAUGAGUUCGGCACCGAAAACGUGAUCAACUUGAUGACCGCAUACUACGAGAUGUCGCUCCGAACAUUCGUCGACAACGUUAUCAACCUAGCAGCCGAGAGCUGUCUUGUCCGUGACAUCCCGACAAUCCUGACUCCGAUGAAAGUGGAUGAAAUGUCGGCCAACACCGUAGAGGAGCUCGCUUCGGAAUCCGAGGAAGUUCAAAUCCAGAGACGGAGACUCGAAGACGAGGUCAAAAUUCUGAGAGAAGGACUUCGCAAAUGCCAAAAGCACGAAAGAAGAGAAUUGCCAGGGCGACUUUCCGCUUCGGCGCGUCCUUCUUCUGGUACUGCACCCGGACAAGCACCUUCAAGAAGAGUCACGCCAUCACCGACACCCACCCGAGGUGGAAAUUCCCUAUCGCCUCUGGCAUCAACUUCCCCCAGCCAGCAACUGGCUAGUAUCUCUCUUCGGAAUCCAACGCCGCAGCCUCCGCCGACGUCGUUUCCCCAAACGUUCACCAACCAAAUUCAAGAAGGUAGCUCAACACCCCCUGUGUUCGGUGCCCCGCCUGGACAUACCUCCUCUUCACAUAGCCAACCCAUAGUUGGCAACAGCACCACUGCCGCAGGGCCUGCGCGUACGUCUCCGUUGUUCAGUGGCACCACCAAUAGGGCGCAGGAUAGGAAUACCACCGGGACAACUGGGAGUGGCACUGCUGGCAGAGGAAUCUUUGGCUCAGGUGGUUCUUCGUUUGGAGGUUCGGGUGAGUCAUUGUCUCUGUUCUCUUUCGGCACGGCCGCGAACUCGCAGAAGAGGAACAAUGGCGGCGAACACAAUAGGCAGCGUGUAUGAACCUUUUGCUCACAAGCUGCUGGGACCUCUUGUAACAUUCUAACAUGUUUUAAAGCAAGCCCGUUUGAGAGUGCACAAAUUCGUGAUAAAGUAUACUACGCUGGUAUGGAUGCCGUUCCGCGGUCAUGGAUGUAUUCUGCCACAGUUGCGAAAGAGCUCGGAGAGGGCUGCCGCUUUAUCCACAUAUGCUUCCAACCAGAAUUCAAGAAU